UUCCUCCCUCUCUCUCCACAUUAAAACAGCACUUUGAGUUGUAGUAAUAAGGAGAGAAAAGAUCUUUUUAGAAGGGAAAAAAACAAAACAAAAAACAAAACAGAGCCUGGGACUCUUCAGUUUAAGUAAUUGACAUGUGUAGGUUCAAUUGCACUGCCUAAUUCUGCACAGUCUGUGAGGUUGGUGUCGCUGUGAAGGAAUGUUAAAGGCCCUCGUUGCAGCAGCCAGAGAACCUUGCUCUAUAUAAAUGGUCUUUGUAGAGUGCAGUAAACAUCUAGAGUGAGCAGAUGCAAGAUUGAAUACAUCAUAUACAAAAGUGGCAGUUAGCAUCUUUUCAAUGCAAGCGUCACAGCGACUUAGAAGAUCAGCCAUGUCUGAUACUCUUUAUCAAUCUGUGCAAGAAACGGAGGCAUCCUAUCUACCUCAGUUUCAAAUGUUAGACACGCAGAUGACCAGUAUUAAUCGAACCCAAGGAGGUAAUCACUCCAUUCAAACUUAUUCUGAUCGGUAUUGCACAAUGGAGUCCUCCUCACCUACUGGCGAGUAUGCUGUUCAAAACUCAAUAUCAGCUGUCAGUUUCACUCCAAAUGGAAGUCUGAUUUCCCAUCAAGAAUCUCAGUCAUGCUUAUCAGAUGUACAUUACUCGCCUGAUACUAACUACAACUCCCCAGUAAGUGGAUCAUGCAUUACAGAUGAUGUGAAUGAUUUCAGGCACAAGCUAAAAGAAUUGGAAACUGUAAUGCUGGGACCUAAUUCAGACGUUCUGGAUAGUUGUGAUAAUUCCCUGCCGAGCUGUAUGACCUCCCCAGAAAUUGACUGUUGGAGACAAAUGAUGGAGGCGAUACCUAGAGGGGAUUUGAAACAUGUGCUCAUUGAGUGCGCAAAAGCAGAAUCAGAUGGUGAUUUGCUUACAGCUCAGUGGUUGAUAUCAGAGUUGCGUCAAAUGGUGUCAGUGUCAGGGGAACCAAUUCAGCGACUUGGAGCAUACAUCCUUGAAGGGCUUGUAGCAAGGUUAGCAGCAUCAGGAAGUUCCAUAUACAAAUCCCUAAGAUGCAAAGAACCAGCUAGUUUUGAACUGCUUUCAUAUAUGCAUAUUCUUCAUGAAGUUUGCCCCUACUUCAAAUUUGGAUACAUGUCGGCAAAUGGUGCCAUUGCAGAAGCAAUGAAGGAUGAACAAAGAGUUCACAUCAUUGAUUUCCAAAUUUCUCAAGGAAGUCAGUGGGUUACUCUAAUCCAAGCUUUUGCAGCUCGGCCUGGAGGUCCACCUCAUAUCCGCAUAACGGGUAUUGAUGAUUCCAAAUCAGCGUAUGCGCGUGGAGGAGGGCUUAAUAUUGUGGGCAAGAGGCUUUCUAAGCUUGCUGAGUCCUUCAAGGUGCCUUUUGAGUUUCAUGCUGCCGCCAUAUCUGCUUCUGAUGUUCAGCUACAAAACCUUGGAAUUCGACCUGGCGAAGCACUGGCAGUAAAUUUUGCAUUUGUGUUGCAUCACAUGCCAGACGAAAGCGUGAGCACCGAAAAUCACCGGGAUCGACUGAUACGUCUGGUUAAGAGCUUGAAUCCCAAGGUGGUUACCCUUGUUGAGCAGGAGUCUAAUACAAAUACUGCAGCUUUCUUUCCUCGAUUCCUUGAAACGUUAGAUUACUAUACUGCCAUGUUUGAAUCAAUUGAUGCGACUCUCUCAAGGGCGCAUAAGGAGCGCAUCAAUGUUGAGCAGCAUUGUUUAGCAAAAGAUAUUGUUAACAUCAUCGCCUGCGAGGGAAUUGAGAGAGUGGAGCGGCAUGAGCUUCUUGGUAAGUGGAAGUCGCGGUUUAGAAUGGCUGGUUUCAGCCCAUAUCCGUUGAGUUCAUUGGUGAAUUCUACUAUCAAAGCAUUGGUAGAAAACUACUGUGACAAAUAUAGGCUUGAAGAAAGAGAUGGAGCUUUGUACCUCGCUUGGAUGAACAGAGAUUUGGUUGCUUCUUGUGCAUGGAAGUAGAGUUGUUGUUUUUAGUAGCAAGCUUGGUGGUGGAACCUUUAGUUUUCUUGUCAUUUUGUCACUAGCCAAUUCCUUUCCCUAUUUAAAUGGUUUGAGAAAAAAUAAGGUUCCUCCAUAUAAUGUAUUCACUUAAUCAAUCAGUGAAGCUUCCUUCUUGGAAAGCAUUAAUCCAAUAUGCAAUGCUGGUGCUUGUAAGAUUUUGCUUAAGGUGACAUUUUAUGUUC